AUGUCUCAACCACAACAAAAUAAUAAUAUUAAUAAUCGGCAGCAACAAUUAAAUGCAAUUCGUUCUUCACUUUUGCCAUUCCAACAGCAACAACAAAAAUUGCCACAAAAAUUGGAGAAUGGUUUAAAUGAAGAAAAAUUUGAAAAUAAAGACGAAGAUAACAGGUUAUUGGAUGUUAAAAAAUUGGAAAUGGUUAGGUCUAUUGUGGAUGCUGGAUAUGAUCAGGAAAGUGCUUUCUAUGCACUAAAGUUGGUCAAUUUCAGAUCGGCUGCGGAUGCUUUGCGUGUAUUGCAUACAAUUAAAACUGAUAUAAUUCAACAACAUUCUAACCUUAACCAAGCUUCUUCUCAUUCACCAAUUGUUACAGUUACUACAACUCCAACUUGUAGUUUUGUUCCAACAACUUCCCCCUCGUCUUCAAGGAAACCCCAAAACAAUGCUUUGCCUUUUACAAAUCGGCCAAUUCACAGAACUCCAACGCUUGCACAUAGGCCUACUCCAAUAACACAAACACUUCGUCAAAGUCAAUCAUUUGGGCCUUCUGAUGCUCAUAUUGCAACUGCUUCUGUGGCUACUACAAAACUAAAUCCUCCUCCUCCUUUUAAUGCCCAGCAUCAACCUUUGAAUAAUUCUGGAGGGGGUGGUACAGUUAUUCGAAUAGAAAGAAACCAAACACAACAACCAUUAUUAAUAAAAAAUGAUAAAACAACAACAAAUUUUCCCCCAAAUUUUCCUUCCAAAAAUAUUGAUGAAUCAACAAAACCUUCUACCUCUUUAUUAUCAUCUCAAAAACAUUCAAUUGUGCCACAACAACCGCCACAAUGUGUUCAAAGAAUUUUUAUUGACCCAAAAGUUGCAAACAACAACAUUUCAAAUAAUGCCAUACAAACACAAGACAACAGAAGAAGACAUACAGAGGAGUUAAAUCGUAAAUUUGUUGUUGUUUCUUCCUCUUCUGCUGCUACUACAACUAAUAAUUCAUCCUCCUCCUCUUCCACCCAAUUUCAAUCUUUUCCAAAUCAACAACAACAAAUUAAGCGUUCUACGUCUCCAUUGCCUGAAUCUGUCGCGAAACGCUUGAAGUCGGGAACUUAUGAAAGAGGAUGCAAACCUUGUCGACCCUCAAUGUUUCGAUUUUUUAUGGAACAACAUAUCGAAAAAUUAACUCAACAAUUUCACGAAAGAAGAAAGCGUGCUCGCCAAUUAAGCCAUGAAAUGGAAGCUGCUGGUUUAGCUGAUAAUGUUAAAGAUAAUAUGCUAAGGCUUUUAAAAAAUAAAGAAUCAAAAUAUUUACGUUUACAACGACAGAAGAUGAAUAGAAGAAUGUUUAGACUUAUACGCCAUAUUGGAAUUGGUGCUUUUGGUAAAGUCACUUUGGUGAGAAAAAAGGAUACUGACCAAGUUUAUGCAAUGAAAACAUUGAUUAAAGCGGAUGUUAUUCAGAAGCAACAAGCAGCUCAUGUCAAAGCAGAAAGGGACAUACUUGCUGAAGCUAACAGUCCGUGGAUUGUCAAAUUAUUCUUUUCGUUCCAAGAUGCACAGAAUCUUUAUUUUAUUAUGGAAUAUGUACCGGGUGGAGAUAUGAUGCAACUACUUAUAAAUAUGGGUAUUUUUCCUGAGAGUUUGGCAAGAUUCUACAUUGCUGAACUAACAUUGGCUUUGGAGUAUGUACAUUCUUUAGGAUUUAUUCACAGGGAUAUAAAACCCGACAACAUUCUGAUCGAUAAGGGAGGACAUAUAAAGCUUACCGAUUUUGGUCUCUGUACUGGACUUCGAUGGACACACGAUAAAAGGCACUAUGUUGUUUAUGACAACCAUGAAGAUGGAGCCACACAUUUACGUGAAGAUUCGUUUUCCUUGCCUUUUGGAUUUGAUCAGCGUUGGAAAGUUUUGGAAAUGAGACAUCACCAUAAAAGGUAUUGA